AUGAGCUUAGUCGUUCACAUCUUCAGUCUACCGUCACAUCCAAUAUCAUCCUUCUCAUAGGGAGUCACGGACCUUCCAAGUGACACGCGGGAACGCCCAUGUUGGCAUAACCAACAAAGGCAUCAGGAAGGAGCCUCGGGGCCGUUGCACCUGUCCUACUUUUUUCAGUGUCGAUCUGGGUUAUUUGCAAAGGGCACCAACACACCUUCUGCCGCGUCCCGGGCGUCUUCUUUCUUCAUCAGCAGAUUUUCGAUCAAAAUCAUGUCCUUGCCAGAUGUGACUAAGAAGAAGUGGAAAACCUGCCAAAAGGCUUGCGGGGUCUUCUUUCUUUUUAUUGUUGCGUUUUCUUACAUACAAUCUUCAGAGAUUUCAUCUUACUUCCAACACAUUUAUCAUCAUUGGUAUAAGUCAAAAGGCCAUUCACAAUACCCCCAAGCUCCAGCAGUGUUGGCCCAUUUUCAUGAAAGGAUUCAAGCAACGGUCAACUCCAUUGAAAGUGUUAUUCGACUUACGGCCAUUGUGAAGCUGAGUGCAGAUUUGGAGUACCGUUGCCAUAUUGAUUGUAAUGGCACCAUGUUCUCUAAUGAAGCCCAGGUGGAAGCUCACUCCUCAGAUUACAGUUUCACUUACCAGUUGGUGGACCUACUCUGCCAGAACCCAUGCGCCUUGGCUGACACUUUAGUAAGCGUUGACGCUAGUGCACUAGGUAAGGAGGUGUGGUCUGUUCCUGCUAUUCACAUCUGUGCUCUCAAUGACGCAGAACCUCCUCAGGACUUCACCGCAUGUAUUUCAGCAUUUAGUGAGUAUAAGGAAGCACAGGUCAUUCGAGACAUUGAGAUGUACCAGUUCCUGGGAGCUGAAAAAAUCUUAAUUUAUGGAGGUGACUCCUUUGCAGAGAUGCACAAGCAGCUGGAAACAUUAAUUAAUAAAGGAUGUGUGGAAGUUGUGGACUGGAGUGCUGGUUCUUUUCUUUAUGAAUCCAAUAGGCAGGACUUCAAAAGAGAUUUACAGGUCGCUGCUUGGAUAGAUUGCUUUUAUAGAAACCUGCACAGGAGCAGAAAGUUGGCUCUGUCUGACUCACAGGAAAUCAGUCUUUACAGUAAGAACAGUGCCUGGACGAAAAUGCUACAUUUCCUCAUAAAGAAGAAUUUCACCCUCAAUGACUUCAACUUUCAGGACCGCGAGAAAUGUACAGUGUUCUCUUCAGAGAUGGAGUGUCCAGGAGGAGAACAAGAAGAGAAGUGCGGCUGCCACUCCAGCAAGCAACUUCAAGGAAUGAACUCCACCUUUGCCUACAUUACUCUAAGCACGGAACCUGGCGCUGAAGAACAGCUAUCUCCUUUGGCUCAGUGUUUUGCCAUGAAGCCCCCCCAGGAGACGGUGACGUUUGUUGGGAUGACAAUUAAAGAGAAAGAGAUAUUACCCACAUUGGUCACUCCAGUUAAGGAUGCCCAAGCUUUUGUUCUUUCAGCAUUUUAUGAUGACCGACAGAACCAGAACCGUAUUCGAAUUAUUGGAAUUGCAAAGCGAGAUCACUACGGAAACCAGGGAGGAAAGCUCUAUUGCCACGUGCAGUGUGAAGAUGGUGUUCACGUCGAGCCCAUUUCAGCUGAAGUGCACAACGAUCAUUUCUCCUUUCCUUACGGGGCAACAACAUUUGUCUGUACAAACCCAUGCAGUUCAGCAGCUCUGUCCAAUGUGACUGUGAGCACAAGUAGUGAUGGCACAUCACCAGGGGUCACACUAAUAAUUCAAAACACAAAGGACUCUCGACCCCCUGAGCCCCAGCAGGAAUUCACCGUCUGCACUUCCACAAUGUUUAAUAAGUUCAGUAAUGUCCUGCAGCUCCUCCAGUCUCUAGAGAUGUACCGACUGCUAGGGGCCGGAAAGGUGGUCAUCUACAAGACGAGCUGCUCUGACCAGGUACAGGAGGUGCUGGACUACUACGUCAAAGAAGGGUUUGUCCAGAUGUUUGACUGGACAGCAAAUUUGUACCUUACAGUAUCUAAAAGCUGGAGUUUUGCUCUGGACAAGGCAGACUUGCACUAUCAGGGCCAGAUUGUUGCACUAAAUGACUGUUUGUAUAGGCACAUGUACUCCAGCAGGCAUCUGGUUUUUAUUGACCAGGAUGAGAUCAUUGUACCCUAUAAACAUGACAACUGGAGAGACCUGAUAGAUUAUCUAGGGAAGAUGACACCUGGUGCCAACAUCUUCAGGUUCUCAAACCGCGUAUUUCCAACUGAUACGUAUGGCAAAGACCCUAAUGCCAUUCAAUGGAAUGAUGUCCCAGGAGUCAAUAUUAUGCAAUAUGUCAACAGGGAGACAGAAUUAGAAAGCUAUGACCCAAAAAAGAUGAUCCUUGAUCCCAGAAUUGUCUACAAAACCUCUGUUCAUUUACCGCUGGAUCAUUUUGGAAGUGAGAAAGACGUUGACGAGCAGGAUGCCCUGAUGUUCCAUUUUAAAGAGCACAAAGUGAUCUCAGAACCAUGGAAAGACUUGAGGCUCUCACAUUAUGAAGCUCAGCUCAGACUAAAUGUCAAUAAAGUUUUAAGCCAGACUCUAAGAAGGUCUUACCCUCUUGUGGUCACACCUGUGGAUGGUGCCGACGUCUUCAUUAUUUCUGCCUUUUGUGAUGACAGAAAAUUGUACCAGCUGUCACAUGAUGUGAUCCACAUUAUUGGAAUUGUAAAGCGGGAUCAGUUUGAAAAUCAGCACACGGCACUUCACUGUCACAUUGAGUGUGAAAGUGUUGUUCUUCACCGUCAUGUUCAUGUUCAGCUCCACGAUGAUCACCAUGACUUUCCAUAUGGUACAGCAGACUUCCUCUGCCAAAACCCAUGUGGCUCCGCUGCUUUCAUCCGAGUGGCAGUGAGUACCAGUGAUGUAAGCAGCUCAUCUGAUGUCUAUUUGAAUGUCCACAAUUCAAAGGUCACCCAAUCCACCCAACCUCAAAGGAACUUCACUGUGUGUAUUUCAGCAAUGGCCGAAAAUAACGACAACGUGUUGCAGCUUGUCCAGUCCAUUGAGAUGUACCGCCGCUUGGGGGCUGAGAAGGUCUUCAUAUACAAAACUAACUGCUCUGCUGAGGUACAAAAGGUGCUGGAUUACUACACAGCAGAGGGAUUUUUGGUUGUCUUCAACUGGACUGUGGACUCCUAUUUAAAAUCAUCUGAGAUACUAAACCACGGACAAGAUACGGCCCUCCAUGAUUGUCUCUACAGAAACAUGUACGCCAGCAGGUACCUGGUUAUAAAUGAUAUCGGGGAAAUAAUUCUUCCUUACAGGCAUGAUAACUGGCAGGAUCUGCUCGACUCCCUCCAAAGUCAGAACUCCAGGCACAGAAUUUUUAUGUUUUCAAGUCGCAUCUUUCACCGUAAUGACAGCCCGGAGAUUUCAGGUGUUUCUGAAUGGCAAAAUAUCCCUGGUGUGAACAUUUUUCAGUAUGUCUACAGAGAGAAAGAGGUACAAAAGUCUGAGUCUAAGAAGAUAAUUUUAGACCCACAAUCAGUGCCAGGGGUGUUUAUUCCACACUUCCUGGAACGUACUGAAGAGGUGAAGGAGGUGGAUGAAGAUGAUGCUGUGUUAUUCCUCUGUGAAGAUCGUACAGCCAACUCAAUGGUGAUAAAUGACUCAAGAAUAGCAUAUUUUGAUUACAAACUGAAAGAAAAGGUGAACACAGUGCUUAAUGGUGUCAUUUAAUGCUGCACUCCGUACAUAUGGCAAUAUUGGCCUUUAUAAACCUACAAUGGAAGGCCUUUACUGGUUGUCCCAAACCAGACGAACAAACAUAAUUAUCAAGUUAUUUGCAUAUAACACCAUUAUGGUCAAGUGUAUCGCGUAAAGUGAAAUCAAAAUGCAACAUGUCACCACUGUGCCAUAGUUAGUGAGUAUAACAACCUGAAUUUAAUUAUGUGAUUAAACUGUACACAAAUGUAAAUGGUCAAAACAAAAUUGGGAGAUACCAACAACAGCAACAACAACAUGUAUUUAUUAAGCACAUUUCCAUUCGACAUAAAGUGCUUUACAAGAUGGUAUGAAGAAAGUAGGAUGAAAUGAGAAACAAAUAAGAUUAGGCAAUAAUAUUAAA